CCCGAACGGCCUGCACAACAGCUCAGACCCUCGUAGUUCCAACAUGCUUUUCUCUCUUACCGCUCGGCAUCGCCAACUUCUAUGGUUGAUUUUUUGCUGCUUCACCAUUGCUGAAGCAAUGGAACUGUCCAGGAUCAGAGAGCUUUCGGAAGAGAGCUCGAGGGGCUCAAGUGGCUUGAGGGGAGGAUGCGAUUCCCGCAUUCAGGAGUAUUUCCAUGGGGAUCCAGAGACAUAUCCUGUCAAAGCAUAUCUUCCAGAAGACGAUCCCUCUGACAGCGUCAGUCCUGUACCAUCUCCUCAGCCUAAACCACUUCGCAAUCGGCCACCUUCCAAAAAUCACGGUGACUGGCAAUGGGAAAGGCUUUCAGAGCUGUAUGGCCCUAACUCCCGCCUUGGGCGUUCUACAUCACCUUUAAAGAAUGAUCGGAGCUCAAAUCAGGGUGAAUGGGAAUGGGAAAAGCUUACAAAGCUGUAUGGCCCUGACUUCCAUCUGGGAAGUUUUUGGUCACGUUCAAAGAAUGAUUGGAGUCCCAGCGCAUAUAUCUGGCAUAGUGAAUUUACCCCGGUCGGAGAAGAAAGACAGCUCAAGGAUGUCAACACUUCCGACCAAGCGCCUCCUCCAACAGGAGCAAGACGGCCCAACUUGCAUCCGGAAAAAUAG